UGGACUGGCUGGGACUGCUUGUUGUGUUUUCCCCUUUCCCCUGCUGCAUUUUUUAGAUGCCGUAUGCUGCCCUGGGUAAUUUUCUCUUACAGUAGGAGCGAUAAAUACGACACAUUAUCAAUAAGUAAGCAAGUUACACAUCUGGAAAGGGCGACGAAAGGUCAAGGAAGGUGGAAAAUAUAUCCUGGGAUAGCCAUGUUGGCUGGGCAGCAAAAUCCAACAUUCACACCAUGGCAAUCCCUUUGUUCAGCCAACUAAAAGAUGCACCAUGCAAGCUUUCAAAGCUCACUGGGUUCUUCCUUGGAUAAGGACGUGGCCUCUGCCUGUGCCAACCCUUCCUUGACGCUGUCUUAAAUGGCAAUAUGUAGAAGCAAAUAUCUCAAACAAGAUGCAGGUCCAUGACACUUGAUACCUUCAUGUGUCUUCUCCUGUCUGAUCCUUGCCUGGUGAAGAUGCCAGUGAGCUCUGAAAGCUUGCAUGGUUUGGGCUGCCAGAUCUCAAGGCUCAGCACUGCUUUGAAAAAAGGGUGUAUGUGGUCUGUUUGCAUUUUCCUCCUUUGAUAAACUUUGGGUUUUAAACAAAUUAAAUGGCAAACUUUGUGCAACUGAAAUAUCAGGCUUGAGGGCAUCAUCACUUGGAGCUGCCUUUGUGACAUCAUCGUUGUGACAUCACCACCAUGAUGAUGUCACCUGCUUCAUCCUUGGGUCAUCCAUAGGUUUCAGGGUUUGACUCUAAAAUCCUAUCCUGGUGAAUCUAAGGCUGAUGUAUAUAGUAGUACCAUUUGGUUGGAAUAUUAAGAGCACCCGUGAACCCAGAGUGUUGGCUUUCUGCAUUGGGAUGGGGUUGGACUAUUGGUUGAUCUUUGGGAUCCCUUCCAACUUUACCAUUUUCUGAUGUAUUUCACUGCUUCGGCUGCACAGGCUCAGCCAAACCCUGUCCUCUCCUAAGAGGUUGCCCAUUACAACCCUGCAUGUUCUGACAUUCACCUUCAACAUGCUGACAUGGGUAGCAAUUUGGGGAUGGGAUGCACCGUCCAUGGGGACAACACACUGACUCCUUCUCAGAGCUUGGAAAAGGAUCUUUUCCAGAGACCUGCUUCAAAAGUCAGAAUGAGACUGUCAGAGUGGCAGCGGAAGCCAAACAAACCCCCGCCACGUUAUCGCCUCUGCCAAUUCUUUCUUUCCUUUCCAGUUGGCACGGCCCAUGCCGCCAUCCCUCGGAACCUGUGGCAAUUCCGCAACAUGAUCAAAUGCACCAUCCCAAGCAGUGACCCCUUGAGGGAUUACAACAACUAUGGCUGUUACUGUGGCUUGGGGGGCAGCGGGACCCCCGUCGAUGACCUGGACAUGUGCUGUCAGAUCCAUGACAACUGCUACUCCGCGGCCAAGAAGCACCCGAGCUGCACAUUCAUCUUGGACAACCCUUACACCAAGACCUAUUCCUACAGCUGCUCGGGGACGGAGAUCACCUGCAGUGAAAAGAACAACGAAUGCGAGGCCUUUAUCUGCAAUUGCGACCGCAAUGCCGCCAUCUGCUUUGCAGGGGUCUCCUACAACAAAGAUUUCAAGAACCUUGACACAAGCAAACACUGCAAGUGAAGGCGCGCGCCAUGUCACCCGCGUUUCCAGCCUGGAGGCUUGCCAGGCAAAAUCCAGGACAGGGCUCCUGUACCUUUACUGGUUGUUGGGAACAGGGGAUUUUCACAGAGGUCCUGCUGUCAAUGUUUUAACUAAAGGUGCAGGAGCCCUGCCUGCAUUUCACUUGGCUCCCUUGCCAAUGCAUGCCAGUUCCCUGGAUGGGGAAAAUGGGCGCAAGGAGGCCCUACAAGAGUUUUCGUUGAUUUAGGAACUCUGUUUGCUGCUGUUCUCUCCAUUUGGGGAAGGAUUUGGAGGCGGACGUGGUUUCCAUGGACUUGUUUUUCCGGAGCGGGGCUGAAUUGCCUUGGGCAGGGUCUCCUCUGAAAGAGAAGCUGGAAACGUUUGGA